UGGGCUGGCGCGCGGAGGCAGCUCGCAUGUGGUCAGUGCCGCCGCGCCGCUAAGCCAGCCCCCGGCUCACGUUACACACUCCUGUAUUUAUAACCUCGGCGAGCCGCUUCCCCCUCGGAGCACUUGCGCGGGACCACCUCCUUUCUGCCGCCGGCGGACAGCACGCCCGCCCGACGUCAGGAGCAUCCGAUCGAGGCCCCGCUUGGGCGCACAAGCCCUGGAUUAUUGGCGAGCGCGCGGCGGCGGCGGCGGCAUCUGGUGGCUUCGGGGGUGGCUGGCUGGGAGGAGAGCGCAGCGCCCCGGCGCCUCUUGAACCGCGGGCUUCCCUUCGCAGCGGGGCCGCGGCGCGGAGCCGCGUUGCGCGCCGCCAUGGAUCACACGCUCUUCGGCUGCCUGCGCAGCCCGCACCAUGCCCCGGGCCAGGGCUUGCACCCGUUCUCGCAGUCGGCGCUCGCCCUGCACGGCCGCUCCGACCACAUGUCCUACCCGGAGCUCUCGCCUUCGGCCUCCUCUUGCAUCAUCGCGGGAUACCCCAACGAGGAGGGCAUGUUCGGCAGCCAGCAUCACCGGGGGCACCACCACCACCACCACCACCACCACCAUCACCAGGCGCAGCAGCAGCAGCAGCAACACCAGCCUUUGCAGACGAACUGGCACAUUCCGCAGAUGGCUUCGCCGCCGCCGCCGCCUCCCCCUCCGCCGCCGUCCGCCUCGGCCAGGCACAGCCUGUGUCUGCAGCCCGACUCGGGUGGACCCCCGGAGCUGGGCAGUAGCCCCCCGGGACUGUGCUCGAACUCAUCCAGCCUGGGGACCAGCACCCCGACGGGGGCGGCGUGCGCUCCGGGAGAUUAUGGCAGGCAGGCGCUGUCCCCGGUGGAAACCGAGAAGCGCGCGGGCAAACGGAAAAGCGACAGCUCAGAUUCUCAAGAGGGGAAUUACAAAUCAGAAGUCAGCAGCAAGCCAAGGAAGGAAAGAACAGCUUUCACCAAAGAGCAAAUCAGAGAGUUAGAAGCAGAGUUUGCUCACCACAACUACCUCACCAGGCUGCGGAGAUAUGAGAUAGCAGUAAACCUGGAUCUUACUGAAAGACAGGUAAAAGUUUGGUUCCAGACAAGGCGAAUGAAAUGGAAGCGUAAAGGAGGGCAGCAUGGAGCCGCUGCCCGGGAGAAGGAACUGGUGAACGUCAAAAAGGGCACGCUCCUUCCCUCAGAGCUUUCUGGCAUUGGCGCAGCCAGCCUCCAGCACACAGGGGACUCACUAGCAAACGAUGACAGCCACGACAGCGACCACAGCUCUGAGCAUGCGCACUUAUGAUAAGACACGAAGGAGUUGCAGCUCUGUUCUCAGGAAAGACGCGCUAACGCAGAAAGCCUUACACGGACGUAAUUGACGGAUGCAAGUGACUCUCUCCGCAAUUAACAGAACCUUGAACUUACGGUGUCUGCUACUCUUGAAUUUUAUUAUUAUUUUUUUACAUGAAUUCAGUAAGUGCCACACCUUAAAGUUGCCUUGUGAACAGAAGCAGAAAGACAAGCUUGCUUUUGAACAUUCCAAAUUUGACUGUCAUUUUAAUGACAAUGGGCAGGUAUUUUUUUUGCUUUAGCUUGCACUGAAAAAAAAAAUGCCAUUGCUCUCAACAAAAUAAAUUUUCAAAUAAAUAAUAAAUAACACAGUGCCAACAGAAACAUGGUCUAGUGGGUAAGAAAUGUAUUUUAACUCUGUAUAUAUCUACUUUACGGCAUUUUUACUUUUCACAUCAUUUUUAGCAACGCAUUCAUAUUAGCUGACAGGCAAUAGUCACUCAUGAGAAUAAAAUGGCUUCUUUUUGUCUCUAUUUGUUUUGUGUCCCAGAGAUAGCUACAUGCAGGCCACUGUGUUCAGAAAAGAGUCUGCUAUGGAAUGUCCUUAUACCACAGACAAACAAAUCUUAUGUUGCAUUUACUAUCAACUGCUGCUAAUAGGAAAAUAUUAAACCUUGCUCUUCAAAUUUUCUUAUCUUAUACCAGCAAAAGUUUUUUUGUUUUUGUUUUAAAUAGGAUCAUGCCUGUCAGGAAAAAGAACCAUUGAUUCAUAUUUUUUUUACAGAAUUCGUUACCACAAAUGUUUUACAUGCAUUGACAUCUUGGUUCAUUUCAGCUGCUGGCCACAGUUCAUCUACUCCAAAGCACCUGAUAAAGUCAGUAGAACUGUGGAUAGUAGCUUGAGCUAUAAAUUGGAAUGUUUUUCUCUCUCUACAGUAAUGUAAUAAUAUUCAGGUAUUAUAAAGACAGAGUUAACUGCCUCCAUUAAUGGUCACAAUUUAUUAGAUAGCUCUGUGUAGAAAAUGCAAAGGUCAAGGCAUUCCCUCCCCCUUCCAGGCUUUUGUGUACAUACAGUGAAAUAAUACAAUCAAUUUUACGCAAAACAGUGAUUGUACUUUGUAAAGGAAAUGUUUAAUAAAUGAUCCUUUUGGAAAUAA